CACUAUAUGUGCUUCAGACACCUUAAGAUCAAUAGAAUUGGACAAUAGUUCAAAAAAAAUAUGCCGCCUAAACCUCCUAAAAAUGGAGACUUGUUCGUCGCCCGCAACUUUGGAGGCUGUUCUUCCAACACUAGCAUCCAGAGGCUGGUGUUUCAACGAUAUCGAUCAAGUCAAGUCACUGAUUUCAGCCGAAUCUUGCUCUGUCACCAUUGAUUCAGUCGAAUCAGAGCUUAUCAAAUUGGACUUUCGAUCUAUAGGCGGCAAAACGUUACCUGACCCUUCUUCUAUUCGAAGAGUUUCUCAUCUUCAGGGUCCUAAAGUCCUUCAAAUCUCUUCUGUCCGAGAUAUAUCUUGCAGCAAAAUGACCGAGAGUUCAGGAAUUUCAAAAAGUCGACGUCUUUUACGGUUGAAGCUCACUGAUGGGCACCAUGAAGUAACAGCAAUAGAAUACUCUUACAUAUCUUCAAUUCCUGAAGAUGUUAUACCCGGCACCAAGGUCCGUUUGGAAAACAAAAUUGCAGUGCGUGGCGGUAUUCUGUGUUUAAAUGCAAAAACAGUUACCGUUUUAGGUGGGUUCGUUGAGUCACUUUAUGAUGAGUGGCAAAUGAACAAAAAAUAUUCAGGUCUCCCACGUUCAUCAUUGAGAAAGUUGCAGGAAGAUGCCUCUUGUGGUCCUCCGCCUUUUGAAAAGCUGCAAGUGGGAGCGUAUCGCAAGAGCAAACACCAUGCUCAGCUAAAGACUGGUUCUGAGUCCUCCAUGUCAUCAACUAAAAGCCCAGUAUUAAUGCCUGCUGUAAAAGAUGGUAGCUCUACAAUGCAUAAUGAUUCAAGGCAUGACACUUUGGGUGAUGAUAAGAAGCAAUCUAAUUCGGAAAUAGAUGAAGCGACUACCAGUUCCGAAGCGAGACCAAAAGAAGUGGCCGAGUCUUUCCCUGUUAACAAUCAAGCUGCUUCUCAAAAACUCCUCCAGAAAAUGAGCCAGCCUUUCGGGGAUAAUCGUCGUACAAGGGGUCAAAGACAUAGGGGGAAAGAUAAACAUGAAGAAUCACAUCUCCUUACUCUUGAUGAAUGGGAAAGGAGUAAAAUGGGCAACUUUUCAGGAUCUCAAAAGCUUUCUAGUUUUAGCCAGGAUGAGGAUCUUGCAAGGCAGCUUCAAGAGCAGUUUGAUUUGGAAGAUGUCCAUGCACAGAAAGAUUCUGGCAUCUCUGAGGCAGAAACUAUAAGAUUGAGCAUGUUCAGAUUUGACAGAGAGGAUUCCAGACCUCAUGGCACAAUGGGGUUUAGAGGAAGAGGAAGGGCAAGGGGACGUGGAAGGAGGGGAGGAGGAAGGAGAACUUGAUUAGUAGAGAGUGUUUUGUAUUGCAUUUCCUUGCAGUUUUAUUUUCCUUUUUCCUGUGUGAAGCAUAUUACCCUUCACUUGGCUAAUAGCAGGUUAGAUUAGUGUGCGAGCAAUUUGGCCGAAACGCUAAAAAACGAGUAGGGUCUUUAUGCCAAAAAAUGGAGGAUGUUCUGCAUUUCUCAACUUUCAUUUAUCAAAACGGCAUUGGACUGUUUUUUACUCCGUAUCAAUUACAUAGGAAAUGGUGUUUUCACCCUAAGGUCGACUCCGAAGUUGCCCAAUCCCAUUUUCCCUCUCAUUGAUAUGUACAAACACACGAAGCAGAACCUCUAAAAAUAAAGGUAAUCUAUUGUC